UGUGGGUUGGAGGCUGGCAUUAAAGUGGAAAAAUGAUGGGGCUCCAUUUUCUGCCCUAUGCUCUCCUGGUGGCUUUUCUGCACUCGCUGGCGCUGCCUCUCUGUGGCAAGUCACCCCCAGCUCCAGGUACCCCACUGUCUGACAGCGAGUACCAGGUCUUUUUCUCUGCCCUGCUAUCCUCCCAGAAGGCUAAUAUGUUCUGUCAGAUCCGACGCACGCAAGGAUGCUACGAUCCCAAUAUCAUCUGGCUGGACCAGCACGAGAACCACGGCUGGAUCCCAGAGGGCUCAGUAUGUACCAACCUCCCAGAAGCCUCCUUGUUUCAGACCUUUUGUGAGUUUGCACAAUACCGUUGUACCACUCGCAAGUUUUACAUCAAGAGAAUCCUGUGUCCUGACUUGCCUCCCCCUAAAAAGUCUCCAGCCCAAGCAGAAAGGCCUCAUACCAUGGGCUCUUGGGCAAAGAGCGACUCACUUGCCCUGACCAGCCCUCCUAAGAAACCAGAUUCUAGGCACCUGAAGGAGGAUCGCAGGCAGCACACUGACAUCCGGCUAUACCCCCACAUUGACGCUAUCCUGAAAUAUGCGUAUGCUGUUUCAGGCCAGGAGCCGAUGCCCAAAGGGUUCCUCCAUGUCAUGCCAGUGCGCCAAAGAACCCAAGAGCGCCUGGACCUGCCAGGGCACCUACAAGGCCAGGCAGUCACAACCUUAUCUGAAACAUCACUGGGGGUGAAGCUCAGCACCAAGAUUGAGAGGGGCACAAAACAACACAUAGACUAUGUCAUCGAGCAGCUAAUCAACUUAGCAUUCUCCUUGGAGGGGUCUCUGGAUGUGAAGACCACACCUGUGCCAGUAGGCACUGAGCUAGACCAGAAGGGUUCAAACAGUGGUGCCCAGGAAGAGGUCCCAGUAGCAAGCUUCGCUGGCAGAGAAAACCCAGAAGAUCUAAUUCCAGUGCAGUCUGACAUUUCAAUAUCCAGAAGGUAAAUAAAAAC